AUGUUCGAGGUCGCGACUCAGCAUCAAGUCCGCGCCCGCGCGUCGCACCAUCCCUCCAAAUACCGCUCAAAGCGUCGCCCUGGUCGCGUCUACCGAUAUGGACAGAAACAAGUCCGUCAAGAUGUCUCGAAUCUCGAUCUUGGAGACUGUAACGACUGGAGCGAGCCUAAAGGUGCACAGAAGCAGUUCCUUGGACGUCGCCCUUCACCCGCCUUGGGCAUCGUCUUGAGAACUUACGUUCUGCGGGCCAAGAAGCCCUCCAGAAACAUUUCCAGUCAGUAUGAUGGCCGUCAUACCGCUUUCAUGUCAUACGACGGCGCCGACGACGAUUUGCUUGACCCUCUGGCCCCUGCUGCGAUUGGUGGUCGUGCGCGCAUGUUGUUCGGAUUUCCUCCUGGCGAUUACCGCGCAGACCUACUUCCAAAAGGCAGAACCUGUUGCAUCGAUGAACAAGACCUUUCGAAUGAGACAGUCUCAAUCUCAGGAAUCAAGGGUGGUAAGGCGUUUGAGUUCUGGAUGAAGGCCUCGAACCUCAAGAUGAUGCCCGAGACUGAAGAGAACACCGUCGGGUUCGCGUGCACGGUCAUCAAGGAAGACUGGUGCACUCCUCGCCUCGACCGCAACCCCAGGAAGGAGAGGCUGUACAUCUAUCCCGGCGAUGAAGGACUCAUACAGAAGGUGGACAACCCUAUGUGGUUGGCUCAAGUUUUGAUACCAGACCGCACGGAUUCUUACGGAAACACGGUUUGCGGCUGGUUCGAGCUAGACUCUCUGAAGGUUGGCACAGCAAAGUAUGGCGACAUGAGCGUCCGUUUCGGUAUCGCCGUUACUCGGAUCUCCUUUUCCACCUUUGGGCCUGCGACUACAUCACAGUUUCCUCUCACCAAUUACUUCUUCGACUUCUACACAGGCGUACUUCGUGAAUCCACGGCUCUUGGCCUCCCCACCUGGAUUCUCGAUGAGAUGACAAACGCCUCGGAUCGGUACAAGAUUGCGCACCGACUUGCUGAAGGUAUCAAUCGGGCUCAUCUCACGGAGUUCUUCCAAAACCCCAACUUCACCAUUGAGGAUCUUCUUGGCAACGCUGAUGAUUGCGAACUUGGCAUGAAUGAUUCUGGUGGUAUUUAUGGACGCAUAUACACCAGGUUCAUUAGUGCUUCCAAAUACCACAAGAGCAAACACAACGGUCAGGACGUCUGGAUUCUCUACGUGGGAAAGGCCAGCAAGUGGGGUGUGAGACUAUCAAGCUACAAUUCCACGCCAUUCCGCAAAGAAGACCAGGGCUACUAUUCUACACAUCACAUUACUAUCCGCGAAGCUCGCCAGCGAGAUAUGGUCAUGAUGAUGAGUUUCGACCCGGCUGACCCUAACUACGCUAAUCUUCUCACCUACGGAGAGCAGGCCAUGAUGUGCUUGCUCCAGAGCUGGCGUGGUAAGCUGAUAGCAGAUGAGAAUGAGUUUGGUCCAAAGGCUACCAACUUCAUGGCGGACACAGCGGCCGCUGCACUUGUCAAGACGGAUGCUUUCAUCAUGCACAAGGUUUCUGUGCAGGUCGCAGAGAAGAACAACUGGCCUGGUGGAGUUCUUCGCGACAGCUUUGGCGCCCUCGAUGGCCUCAAUUACAAUUGUCCACUGCUGGAGACAAAGAUGUAUCAAAAGGUGCUGUACGUCGUCCUUAACGCUGGAGAUAGGUACAUCUACACUCGAGGUUCGAUUUCUUUCACCAACAAGACGGGCAUCGCGUUCGAGAUCGGCAUCUAUGAUCAUCAAGGAAAACACAAGAGGUGGACCAUUGAGCUCUCAAAGCAUAUCAAAGACGAGUUCAAAGCCAAGGGAGUGACCAAGAUUUAUGCUUCUUGGGAGCGAAUGAAGCGCGGUGUCGCUCACCCCGCCCCGUACUUUCGCAUUCCAGACAUUGUUCCCUUUACAGGAGCGGAAGAGAUUAACACUCUCGGCCUCAAGAUCACCUGGCAGGUCAAGGACCAAUGGAAGCAGAUGUAUCUACAGGUCAACCAAAAGUCGACCGUCGACGCGAGCCUCGAUGGCCGCGGCGAACAAGGGUGGUAUGACAUGGGUUUCAACAUGCUCUACUUCUUCAAACAGCAGAUGGUAGACAACAGGCCCUCGUGGAUGCACUUCAACCAGACUGCUCGUCUGGUUGAGCUCAGAUUCGAUCACCUCAGUCAGACAGUCACGGCUAGCUAUCCAUCCAAACCGAUCACUCGGGUUGCAGCACCCCAGCUGAAGUCCAUCAACACGCUCAAGGCGGAGAUGGAGGCUCACGGCUUCCAGAAUGUCGCUCAACCUGUCGGCACAAAGGUGACGGGCAUGCAGAGAAAGGUGUGCGACGGAUGUGCGUGCACGAAGCAAAACACACUCCACAAGUAUAUGUCACCGGAGCUGAAAGACCGCGUCAACACUAUCGGUGGCAGUGUCUGUGAAUGUACUAUCGAUCCUGACGGCAGAAUUUGCGACACCUGCUGGGAGUUGGGCAUUCCAUGCUCAUUUACGCCCAGCCAAACUCUCGCCUUGCGAGAUGACUUCUACUACCCUGUGAUCUACAUGCAGCUCAAAGAGUUGGAAAUUUGCAAGACCAUUGAUAUCAGCGACCCCGGCUUCGUCGCCUUCAGUGUUCCAGCAGAGCACUAG